AGUGCUUAUAACAAACGCUGUAAAAUGUGGCCCAUGCUCCUGAACCUGACGCGCGACGAAUGUCGCAGAACGCUUCGGAGACUCGAACUGGAAGCCUACUCGAAUAUGGUCAGUGUGUUUAGAGCACAGGGGGCAUUAGAAGACAACAGAAAAAAGUUGCUUGAAGAACUGCGCGCCGUUUUGCAUAUAAGCAACGAUCGUCACAGCGCGGAGGCGCGUCGCGUCUCCAAUGACGAGCUAUUAGCCACCAUUGCAGAGCAGCUAGCAGGUCCAAACACAGGACUGGGAUGGAUAUGUGAGGGCCGCAGACAUAUUCCGUUGUUACCACGAGGAGUUGCUCAAACAAUGUACACAGAGAUUGCGGAUAAGGCUGCAGAAACAGCUGCUGCUGAAAAUAAAGAAAUACAAAAGAAACUUGAAGCAGAAAAGAUGGUUGCCCCAAAAUCCAGUGAAGAGGAAAUGGCAGAUGCGGAAGGAGAAACUGCAGAAAGUGCCAUUCCACAGAAUGAGAGCAUGGAUGAACUCAUGUAUCCUCCAGUAGCUAUGGAGGACCAAACAGCUAAACUUUGGGAGACAGAACUUGUCAGGCGAAAAAGGAAAAUACCAGAAGGUGGUGCCCUACCAGAUGAGGCUACCACACCAGUAAAAACUAUGAGAAAUAUCCCAGUAAACACCAAUCAGAAACAUCUUAAUCUUUCACAAAUCUAUUCUAAAUUUUCUCAACCAGCCACAAGUAAACCAUCAAGCCAAUCAAAACAUUCAUACAACCAAGUGAGCAAAGUGUCAACAAGUAAACCAAGCCAAUUGCACCCUUCUCAGACCACUCCACAUAAACACAGAGUACACAAACGCACCAAAAACCCUCCACCCAUUGUUGUUUCCAAAUCCCAAAUGAAGAAACCACAGGAAUUACCACUUUCUCCAAACAAGUACAAUGCAAGUCUACAAGUGGACUACUCAGGACCUCCUAACACUUUCCAAGCCAGUUAUGCCCAGAGCGUGUUAGGUGGCAAAAGCAAAGGCGAUUACAUUGAUGAAAUGAAACCUAAAGUAUUAUCCUCCCCUGGCAUGGUCAGUGAUUCAUCUGCCAUGCAGCUUCUAACCCAGCCAGCUACAGUUCCCCAUGAACUCGGCGUUUCUGACAACGCACCGCCCGACGACCCUACUUCCUUGCAAGCACAAACCCCCACCCCCAAACAAUCUGUUAGUGGCAAGCCCUGUCAUCUCAUCAUAAAGAACAAGGGUGAACUAGCUACUGAUAAAAAAGUACAAAUGUCAGAACUCAAAAUAUUACAAAAACCAACAGAAGGCAUAAAACUCCUGUCCAACAAACAAGUUGUAGUUGCCCCCAGUGCCACGCAAAAAGCACUAAACGCAUCAGGCAAACUCGUCGCUCAUAAAGUUAUCGGCUCUGUACCGAAAGUUAGAGGGCCACACACACCAGUUAUGUCUGAUAAAAUGAUCGUCGUAUCGAAACCAUCGGAAAAUAAAAGCAACUCGAAAAUUAUUAUCACGUCUUCAGCAACAAUCACACCAGCUAAAACUGGAACACCGACCAUCACGCCCAGUAUAUCUCCCAGAACCGAAACUCUCACUCCCAAAGGCAUUCCUGCUACAGAUUUGAAAGUUUCGGCUAAAGCUGUCGUAUUAAAUCCUAAAUCAGGUCAAAAGAUGGUUGUACUCCCAGCUAAAGCUCGAACCAAGACUGUAACUGAAGGACAGAUUCCAGUCCUUCCCAUGCAUUUCAAGGGCCUCCCUACGUCCAUGAAGCUGGUGCCAGUGGGCUCACAACCUGGUACUCCAAUGGGCAAACCGUCGACAGUAGCUGUGGUAUCAAAACCCACAGUUGUUAACACGAUAACACCUAAAAAAAUUCUCGGCGUUGAACCAAUAAAGACGGCUAAUUUGGCAGACAUUGUGCCCGUAAAAGGCAUGACGCCCGUCACAACUCCUAAAAUUACUAACCCAAUCGUACGUCCUGUCAGCACAAAAGGUAACGUUAUCGUAGUACAAAAAGGAGCUAGCCUAGGUAAAGCUUUAGCAUUUACUAAAAAUGGAAAUGACAUGUCGAAAAUUAUUAUGGGUAAAAACGUAAAUCAACUAUUACAUGCAAAAACGGAUCAAGUCGAGGCAGCUAAAUGUGCGGGGAAUGUUAUAGUCCUGGAGUUAAAUAACGAGCAAACAGGUCGCCCCACAACGAUGUCCGAAAUAUUAGACAGCCGCAGCAAAGACGACGGCAAAAAGCUGGCUCAUGAAAUCACUCAGGACACUCCAGUACUCUUCGAGAGCCAAAUCACUGAAGAUACUUGCAAUGCGAGUAGUUUAGACUCUACUGCUGAAAGUAUAAGCGACAUUGUUCCUAUGGAAGAGACGAGUUUACCGGUAAUAGAUAAACCGGACGGUAAAUUGAGUGCUAGCAAAGAUUCUGAAGUGGCCAAGGACUCAUCGAGCGUGACGGACUGGGAGAUGGAGCUAGACACAGUUUCGGGAAAAGAGAAAGAUGACGAUAAUAAGUUGAACUCGUUGCACUUAGACUUGGGCAUGUCCAGCGAUAGCGACAAUGACUACAUGAUAGAUACUCACAAGGCGAAAACAUGCAAAACAUCGCAGGAAAGCAUACAGGCUACACCUAGCGGCGAGAGUAGCGUGUACAGCAGCUCGAGUGGUAUGUCGCUAGCGAGGCGGACGCUGUUCAGCCAUCUGCAAGACGACGGGUCCUCGAGCAACGACUCGUCCUUCGCUCUCAAGUCCAAAUGCGACAAAACAAAAGACAACGACUCCAAAAUCGACAAAUCCGAAUCAGAGGCGCUGACAAAAGCAAAGGAAAAGUUGUCAGAGAAAGUGGCGGACGCAAAAUCGAGGCAAAAAAGGAUAGACAUUUACAGUACCGCGAUAACUUCAUCGGAUAUAAAUUUGGACUCGUUUUCGUAUCUGGAAGAGGGGUUGAUGGCGGGAGAUGGGGAGGACGAGGAAGACGAGAGUAAGGCGCGAGUGGGGCGGAGCGGCGCUAUUCUUGAUGCCGACCAGCUCAGCCGACUGCUCGGCGACGACUCCGCCAACUCCACCAACUCCACAGACUCACAGACUGUAAGUGAAAAUAUGCCUUUAAACAAAUAAUGAGCAAUAACUAGCUGUAAUUAUGGUGAAACGUUUCUUUAAAAUGUAAUGGCACUUAGGCUAAGCUGGGACAUAUGAUGUGAAUAGUGAGUGAAGUGACGUUGUCAGUGUUAGGCGAAGCGUAAUGUUUUGAUUGUGUUUUAUUUUGUUGUGUUUAAUGAAAUAUAACUGUUUUAACAGAUAAAUCUGCCUGUUUGUGUAUGCUGCGACAUUUAUGUUAAUAGGACUGCGAUUUAAAUUUCACUCCUUUGGGUAUUUAUUCUUUUCCAAUUUAAUAUGUUUUUAUUAAGUCCUAUUAACUUGUAUGUUCAGUAGAACAAUAUAUUGUAGAUUUCCCAAAUGGUAGAGGCUAAAAUUGAACAUAUUAAAUUAACGGUGACUUUUAAACUUCCACACGGAAAAACACUUAGUAGCAGAGCAUUAAAAAUCAACAACAGGGUUUCAGUGUUUAUGCGCCCCGCCGCAUUCUAGUAAAGUCGUCAACUUACAUCAACUAAUAACAGACCGUUGAAUUAAGCGCACAGCUAAAAUCCGUAAAAAGUUAAAACAACAAUUAUUAUUGCAGUUUUAAAGACGGCAUUUUAGAUUGUUUUCAAUGAGGGCAACAAUUGCGAAUUUGAAAAAAUUGCAAUUUCUGUUAGGUUCUUUAGAUAAUUCGAGAGGCUACAGAUUAAGCGGAAAAGACGCAGCUUUAUUACGCACACACAAUUAUAUUCAAUUACGACUUUUUAAUGAUACGAAGUGCGCCUGGUGGUAAACGACACGCCUGUUCAUAACAGUACCACUCAGAACUUUAAAUCACUAAGAUUUAAGGGUCACUGCCACUGCACCUGUCACCCUGAAACUUUAUUUACGGGAUUAAC